AUGAGUGACAAGCAAAAAGGCCUAAUUCAGGCCUGUGACCUUGUUUUCCCAAAUGCAGCUCACAGGUUUUAUGUGAAACACAUGCAUGCAAACUUUUCAAGUGCUGGAUUCAAAGGAGAAGCUCUCAGAAAAGCGUUAUGGACUGUUGCAAAGGCAACUACACUAGCUGAAUUUUCCAGCAAAAUGGAGGAAAUGGCAGCAAUUGACAUUGAUGCAGCUAGGUGGUUUGAUGAUAAACCCCCAGCUCAAUGGAGUAGAGCCUUUUUUAGCACUUAUCCAAAAUGUGAUAUUUUAUUGAAUAAUCUUUGUGAGUGCUUUAACAGCAAAAAAGUCGAUGCUAGGGAGAAACCAAUCAUUGAAAUGAUGGAAUUGUUGAGCCUAUAUCUAAUGCAAAGGAUGCAGCAAAAUAGAGACUUGGCUAGCUCAAGAUGGAAAGACAAUGCGUACUGUCCUAGGAUCGUUGAUAGAAUACAAAAAAGAAUGGAGAAGGCCACCCAAUGCUUUCCUUUCAAGUCAAGUGAUGAUCUGUAUGAGGUUUCCUGCCUAUAUGGUGAUGAUUAUGCUGUCAACAUCAAGAAGCAAUCUUGUUCAUGCAGGAGAUGGGAACUGACAGGAAUUCCCUGUCCCCAUGCUAUAUCUGCACUUUGGAGUGCAAAAAAAGAUCCAAUGCAGUUUGUUUCCAGCUGGUACACAGUAGAGAAAUACUUGAAGUGUUAUGAUGGCUGUGUGUCUCCAAUGAAUGGAGAAAGAAAUUGGGAGAACAUUGGUCUUAGGAAGGAUGAGCAGAAUGCUACUUCUACUGAAGCAGGUCUAGCUGCCUCCCAAAUUCCAGAGAAUACUUCUGCAAAUGUUGAAGAUGACUCCGGAGAAUGUAAUGAAGCUGAAGUACCACUCACAUGUACUCUCCAAAUUUGUGAGAACAACUUAGUUAACACGGUAGCUAAGAAAAUGAAGGAUCAGGGGAAGGAGGAUGCAACUACACCAAAUGAGGUUGUUGAUGGUAUUGGCACAGCAGCUGCUCCAUCUUCACCAAAUUUGUAUGAGGUUUUUGGCCUAAGAAGGUCUCAAAUGAAGUAUAGCCAGCCUUUACACCUAAGAAAAAAAAAGAAUGAUGUCCCUCUCAAGAUAAAGUAUGGACAUUUGGAUAUUGCAGCUGGCAGUGUUACUGGUUAUUCUGGACUGAAGGGGAAAAAAAUGAAAUAG